CUCUGUGCGCCGCGCGCGGGCAGUGCCGCCGCCAUGGUGCAGCUCGGGAGCCGCCUCCUGAGGGGCUACCGCGGCGGCCACGUCGUCAUCCGCUUCGCGCUCGGGGGCUGCACCAACCGGCCGUUCUUCCGCAUCGUGGCGGCCAACAGCAGGCGCGCCCGCGACGGGAAGUACCUGGAGCAGCUCGGCUGCCUUGACCCGCUGCCCAACGCGCACGGCGAGAAGGUGGCGGGGCUCAACCUGGAGCGGCUGCGGUACUGGCUGGGCUGCGGCGCGCAGCUCUCCCGGCCCGCCGAGAAGCUCCUGGGGCUGGCGGGGUUCCUGCCGCUCCACCCCAUGACGGUGACCGGCGCCGAGAGGCUGCGCCGGCGACGACAGCGCGAGCAGCAGCCCGAGGCUGCCCCUGCGGACGGCUCGGCCGAGCCCGGCACCGCGCCCUGACACCGGGAGGGUCUCGGGCGGCCGGGACUGCACCGGCCCGCGGACUCCUCCUGCCCUGUCAGUGCAUCUGACCCCAUUAAAAUGUUACCUCUACACCGUCCAUCUGCUGCUUUCUCCAGAGUCUUCUCAAUCAAAGUUCACUGUUGCCAAAUUUAGUGGAUGAAGGAGGUUUUGGUGCUCUAGUGCAGUGCAGGACCGUUCCAGAGGAAUGUGCAACGCUUCCUAGGCAUGCCACAGGCUCCAGGUGCUCUGCCUGCAGUAGUGGCAUGUCCUCUGCCAGCUGCCCUUGGCCUGCUCCCCUUGUCAAGUGUUUUGAGUCCUGGCUGGGAUUUACUGUAACAGAGCGGUCCAGAGGUUCAGGGGAGGCCUGGCACAGACAAAUGCCAAUGGAAGUGCAGCUGGUUUUCUGUUUACUUUCUUCAGAGAGGUUCUGGGCCUAUUUGUUCAUUUAAAAGCAAAAGAGAAAUAUUUCAGUCUCAUGUGAAAAGGAGCUGAGGAAGUGAACUACAAGUCCUGUUAUUUAAUCACAUAUUUGACCCUGCUCCAAGAGACAAGAAACCCAUCAAAGUCUCUCUCCUACUUCAGAUGCACCCUAAGCUUUUUGGGGUUCCUUUGCUGCAACUCUUAGAUGAUUUUACAAAUACCAGAGGAAGACAAGUUUCCAGUGUUGCAUCUCUAUAAAGCUGGUAGUGUAACCAGCCCAGCAGAGGAUGAGUUGACAAAAUAUUUUAAGAAAAGGGCCUGGCUUGUUCUCACAAUACUGAGAAAGAGUGGUUUCAUUUCUGCUCAUGGGUGAAAGAUUAGGUGAAUAAACAGCUGUUCUUGGAAGUGA